GCAGGCUUCAAACAUAUUGAUCAGCCAGCAUUUCCACUUCGGGCCAUGUCGCUGCUGACGCCACGUUUGGACUGGAUUUGGGGCUGCUGCACCGCCGGCUGCGAAGCUUAUCAGCCGAAUGAGUACCAAGUGCAGCUGACCUCGGAGCCGCCCAUGAGCAAUGCGAAGCACGUAUUGACCUCGGGGGAUUCCUUCGACAUCACCUUCGCUCCACGGCUUUCGGGUCUGGGCUUUCUCCCCUCGGGUCCUAUGACGCCUCGGCAGCUGGAUCUCAGAUCUUCCUUGGAGCUACCAGAUUUGCAGGCAUAUCCGGUACCACCACACAUCAGUGCGGAUGAGGUAGAAGAGGUGCGGAAAGAGAAGCUCUUGGAGAUGUACAAGGAAUUUGCCAUUGAACUGCACACGGGCAUGUACCUAACUCAGCUCACGUCCAAUAGAGACUAUGCUGAUAUUCAUGUGCAGCUUAUGGAGGACUUAACCACUUUAAAGUUGGAUCAAAGCAAUGGUCGAAUCAUUGAGUUCCCUCUGACCAGUGUGUCGAAGGUGUAUCGAAUCGUCAAGAACGAUGACAAAUGGUACGCCGCCGGAACACCACUACCCAAUGCUUCGCCUCAUGCCGAGCACAUCGUGGUCGUUGAGUUUAUGCGGCGAAAGCUGGCGUUCGUGUUCAAGGAGCUGCAGGUCUCUCAGCGGUUUCUCAUUUGCAUGGAGUUGCUGAUUCGGAGGGCCCAGCAAAGGCAGGCCAUGCGGUCGUUGACUCCAACCUUCCCACAUCGACCAAAGCAAUGCCCAACGCCGAGGUUGGUCCACGAAGUGAACCCCCCAGGCCCCAGAAGUGGUGAUGUGAAGGACCAUCACUGAGCUGAAGCAGACUGCCAAGCUGCCAUAAGCUGCCCAGAUGUGUCUUGAGUCUUGAAAA